AUGUCUGCUGAACUUUCCCACAAGACUAUCGUCGGUCAGUCGCGUAUAUCAUGGGAGUGUGCUGCUUUCGAUCACACACUCAACAUCCUCUUGCUUAUCAAUAGAUGGCUGGUUCCGUGAGAUCUCGGAUGAGCAAUGGCCUGGUACGUCGUGGAGACUGCUGUUCAGCUAUGCUCCCAGAAUGCACAGGGACUGAUGAUGCGACUGGGUUUCUGAUACCUUCUUGCAGGUCAGGUAUGUUGCCAUGCCGGCUCUCCGCUCAUUCAACACAUUCAUCACUGUUAGUUCCUCGCAACCGAUCUGCUCCCGAUCGUGCUCAUUUUCGCUGAUACUCCCCUUAAUUCAUGGAUCUACAGAACUUUUCUCAUCUUCUCUCCUUCAGGCCAUGACACUCCGCGUCAAGAAGAUCCUGCACGUCGAGCAAUCGCUCUACCAGGACGUGCUCGUCUUCGAGUCGACCGACCACGGCAACGUGCUCGUCCUCGACGGCGCGAUUCAAUGCGUCGAGCGCGACGAGUUUUCGUACCAAGAGAUGAUCGCCCACUUGCCCCUCGCCUCGCACCCCAACCCGCAGAACGUCCUCGUCAUCGGAGGUGGUGACGGCGGUGUCUUGCGCGAGGUGCUCAAGCACCCCAGCGUCACCUCGGCGACCCUCUGCGACAUUGACGAGGCCGUCCCCCGUGUGUCGAGGGAGUACUUGCCCCACAUGGCCGCCGGCUUCAACGACCCUCGCGUCACCGUUCACAUUGGUGAUGGCUUCAAGUGGCUCGACACCCACAAGGGCGAGUUCGACGUCAUCAUCACCGAUUCGUCCGACCCGGUCGGCCCCGCCAACUCGCUCUUCCAGAAGCCUUACUUCCAAUUGCUCAAGGAGGCACUCAAGCCUGGAGGAUCGAUCUCGACCCAGGGCGAAUGCAUCUGGCUCCACUUGCCCUUGAUCGACAACCUUAUGACUAUGACCCGCACCUUGUUCCCCGUCGCCGAGUUUGCCUACACGAGCAUCCCGACCUACCCCUCGGGCACGAUCGGCUUCGUCGUCUGCACCCUCGACGAGAACCGCGAUUUGCGCACCCCACUUCGCGAUAUUGAGAACACGCGCUACUGGUCCAAGGCCGUGCACAAGCAGGCGUUCACCCUCCCCACUUUUGCUCAAAAGGUCGCCGACAAGUCGAAGACGAAGAAGGCCGUUACUGCUGGCUCGUCGUCGGCCAAGUCGUCUUCGCCCAAGAAGGUCUUGCUCCUCGGCUCUGGCUUCGUCGCCGCGCCCGCCGCCGAGUACAUCUUGCGCCGCCCCGAGAAUUCGUUGACGAUCGCUUGCCGCAACGUCGAGACCGCCAAGGCGCUCGCCAGUGAGCUCUCGCGCGAGGCCCAGGCCAUCUCGGUCGACGUUGCCGACGAGGCUUCGCUCGACGCGGCCGUCAAGGAGCACGACCUGGUCAUCUCGUUGAUCCCUUACACGUACCACACGGCCGUGGUCAAGUCGGCGAUCAAGUUCAAGAAGAACGUCGUCACAACCUCGUACGUCUCGGACGCGAUGAAGGCGCUCGAGGCCGAGGCGAUCGAGGCUGGCAUCGUUGUCAUGAAUGAGAUCGGCGUCGACCCCGGAGUCGACCACGUCUGGGCGAUCGACAUGUUCGACCGCGUCAAGCAAGAGGGAGGCAAGAUCAAGUCCUUCAUCUCGUACUGCGGUGGUCUGCCCGCCCCUGAAUCGGCCGACAACCCGUUGGGCUACAAGUUCUCGUGGUCGUCGCGCGGCGUCUUGCUCGCGUUGCUCAACUCGGCCCGUCUCUACUCCAAGGGCGAGCUCGUCGAAGUCGAUGGUAAGGAGUUGAUGAAGCACGCGCAACCUUACUUCAUCUCCCCCGCGUUCGCGUUCGUCGCGUACCCGAACCGUGACUCGACCUCGUUCCGCGAGAAGUACGACAUCCCCGAUGCCGAGACCGUUAUCCGCGGUACGCUUCGUUACCAAGGCUUCCCGGCCUUCAUCAAGGCGCUCGUCGACAUCAAAUUCCUCGACGAGAGCCCCGUCGAGUACCUCGCGAAGGGAUCGACUCCCCUCGCUUGGAACGAGGUGACGGCCAAGGCGCUUGGUACGAGCGACAAGUCCGAGAAGGCCUUGGUCGAGAAGAUCAAGUCGUUGACGACUUUCCCCACCCAAGCCGAGGAGGAGCGUAUUGUGUCUGGUUUGAAGUGGAUCGGCCUCUUUGGGGAGGAAAAGGUCACGCCCCGCGGCAACUUGUUGGACACGUUGUGCGCGACGCUCGAGGCCAAGAUGCAGUACCAGAAGGGCGAGCGUGAUAUGGUCAUGUUGCAGCACAAGUUUGAGAUUGAGAACAAGGACGGAUCGAGGGUGUGUCUCCGAAGGUGGGACACCGUACUGAGAGAUGUCCUUGGCUGACUAUUUCUCGUCGCUGCAUUCGAUCAUCUUAGGAAACCCGCACGUCGACUUUGCUCGAUUUCGGUGCGCCCGUCGGCUCGGGCGGUUACUCGUCCAUGGCCAAGUUGGUCGGUGUCCCCUGCGGUGUCGCGACGCAGCUCGUGCUCGACGGCGUCAUCAACAAGCCCGGAAUUCUCGCACCUUGUAAGUCACACUCGCCAUGCAAAAGACACCAAAUGCGAAACUGAUCUUGUUGGAGUUUCGUGUGGCUUGCAGAUACUCGGGAUAUCGUUGACCCUCUCUUGGUCGAGUUGCGCAAGGAGGGCAUCGACAUGGUUGAGAAGACGCUUUGA